GGGUCUGCUGAAGGAGGAAGAAGUGAACAAGGAAGAGAAGUUACGAUGGGAAAGAGAGUCACCCGGAGUGUGGCUGCUGCUGCUAAUUACAGCCACCUUUUGCACCCGCUUACAACAUGAUAUCACCACACUCGAUGAAGUAAAUGAGAAGACACUGCGGGAGUAUGGCAGGGACUGGCUGUUGUCCUUGAGGAGGAAAGUAACACCAGAACCGGGCUUGUUAGACCACGUUCCGGAGGAGCUGUUACGACAAUCCGGAGGCAACCGGCCGCGGAAACGAGGGAGAAGGGGUGGCAUCAAACUAUGCCUUCGACGGAGGGCAACAAGGCCGCCACUGCCGUCUAUACUCUUUGGCAAUGUUCGCUCCCUAAGGAAUAAGAUGGAGGAGUUGAGGCUUAAUACAAAGGCCUGUAAUGAAUAUAACGAAUCAUGCCUAAUGGUUUACACAGAGACCUGGCUACAAGAGGAUUUUCCAGACUCAUUGGUGCAGGGAUCCCAUCUGAGUUCAUCGUCAAUACAUGCAAGGCUGGUUCAGGUGCCUUAGCUGUUACUAUUGAUGGUCCCUCAAAGGUGAAGAUGGACUGCACUGAAUGUCCAGAGGGUUACAAAAUCUCAUAUACACCUAUGGCACCUGGCAACUAUCUUAUAUCCAUCAAAUAUGGUGGACCGCAGCACAUUGUUGGCAGCCCCUUCAAAUCAAAGCUUACAGGCAUGCGUCUAUCUGGAGGCCAUAGUUUACAUGAAACUUCAUCAGCCAUUGUGGGGACUGUUACUAGAACAUCCAAGGUGCCCGGAGCUUACAGCUCUUUGUCCAGCUCCAAGUCAACAUCAGAUGCCAGUAAAGUUGUAUGCCAUGGUGAAGGCCACUCCAAAACAUCUGUGAGUCAGAAGAACAACUUUACCAUCGAUUGCAGUAAAGCAGGGCGCCAACAGAGCCUGGGCUGGCCCUGUCCUCACUCCCCAACUCACUGGACCCGUUGCAGUUUGCCUACCGCUCAAAUAGAUCCACAGAUGAUGCCAUCACCCAUGUUCUACACUCCAGCCUCUCCCAUAUGGACUGCAGGAACGGGAACUACAUGAGAAUGCUGUUUGUUGAUUACAGUUCAUCAUUCAACACUAUAAUUCCCACCAGGCUCUGCAACCAUCUCAAAACACUAGGCUUGAACGCCUCCAUCUGCCAGCGGAUUCUGGACUUCCAAACGGGUAGACCCCAGGUGGUGAGAGUAGACAACUGCACCCUUUAUACCAAUGAUUGCAUGGCUACAAACAGAUCCAACAGCAUAAUUACAUUUUCUGAUGAAACAGAGGUUGUGGACAGGAUAACUAACAGUGGUGGGUAGUAACACACUACAUUUACUUGAGUAACUUUUAAGAAAAAAAAACUUUUUACUCUCACACAAGUAAAUUGCUAAUGUAAAAUGUUUUACUUUGUUACAAUGGGCAGCAUUCCUGUCGUUACAUUAAUGGGUUUAAUUUUAAUGAAUGUGUAAUUUAUUAAGAGAUUAUUGAAUGGGACUUUUACAACAGCAGUUCACACAGCUGCGCGCGCUGUCACAGACUAUCACUCAAGCUGAGUCAUCACUGCUGCAGCAUCAUGUUCUUCAAAAUAACUGAAACACUUUCUUCACCCCACACAUUGAAUAAUUAUAGAUAUUCAUUGAGCAGAGUCUACAAGCAAAAAGAGAAUGUGACAGAGUCCGUAAUAAAACCUGAAUCAACAUCGGCUUGACGUUUCAGAGGAGAUGACAACUGCAAGAUCUGAAAUUAUUUAAAAGCGACACAGAGAUGGCUUUUUUCUUACUCAACAGUUACGAUGUUUUAUUGAUAUGGUUGAUGUAUAGUUGUGUAAAAACACACGUCUAGCAAGUGAAAGUUCUGCACCGCUUACAGUAUAAUUAUUAUAUUUCACUACACACACACACACACUAGCAAUCGUUGCGUCUAAUGUUAACGAACGUUGCCUAACUUUUGUAAUGUCAUUUAUUUCAAAACAACAGCACACGAUAUUGCACUUUCUCAGAUGUCAUGUCAUCUGUCUUUUCCUUUAUUUAUUUGUCCAUUCGCUCUGAUAAGAUGUCAUGUGUUCACUGGUACCUCGAACGACAUUCAACAGAGGAGCAGAGCCGAAGCACAACCAAAACAAUGUUCUUCCUUUGGGCUGUUGCAGAAACAUCACAAUUGAACUUUUUAAAUACUUGGCCUUACUUGUUGUUCUUAUUAAAUAAUAUAUUAAUACAAUAAAUCUUCAUUCUGUUUGUCAUUUUAAUAUAUAUGUUCAUAUAAAGAGUAAACACAUAUUAUCAAAUGUACAUUAUUGUAUUUAUUUGUUAUUCUUUAGUAUAUUUAAACAAAUUUUGCUGGGUAGCAUUUCAGGGGUGCAUUGCACCCUCAUCUGACAAAAUUAUCACAACCUACGUGUUAUAACCGAAUAUUUAAAUCAUCCAUGAAAUUAUAAUUUCCACUGUGUGCAGUCUCCUGAGUUAAAAUAAUAUCACUUCAGUGAAUAUUUUAUUUUGCAAUACUUUAUAUUUUUGCAAAUAUAUGUGGCAUGGAAUUGAUUCCAUAUUGAUCUUUGUAAAGGGGUUCAAUGGGAAGGAGGCGGCGAGAACCGGCUUGAUAAUAUAAAUAUUUUAAAAAUAAACUUAAACACAUGACGGACAUGUCCGUUAACAAUCUCUCUCUCUCGCACCACCCUCUGUUAUUCUGUGUAUCUCAGAGAUGCCCUGACCCAAUUGUCUGUCCAUAACAAUUUGACUCUUGUCAAAGAUGCUCAGGUCUCCCAUUUCUCCUGUAUUCAACAUGUUGACUACGAGAACCGAUUGUUCACUUACCAUCUAAUCUACCUAGACAUUGACAUGUGGCCUUGUUAUGAGAUGAUGAACAUUAUUUGCUCAUGUUUUGGCUCAUCAGUGUAUUUGUGCCCUUAAAGCUAAUAGAAAUGGACUAAAAGCAGCAAAACUUAA